AUCACCUGUUGGAGAUUUGUGAGCUCGGUGGUAACUGAACAAACUGGAAAUAUGUCUUGCUAGAGAGAGUAUUUGGAAACUCACCAAAGAAGGCAGAAGAUAGAAAAGAUGAAGAAGCAUCAUUCUGUUCAAGGAACAAUUAGCCGACUCUUUGGGAAAAAACAUGCCAGCAACAAUUCAGCCAGCUCUCUCUUUGUCACCAACCCUCCCUGGAUCUUCACGCAGGAGGUCAAAUCUGACACCCAAGCAAGCUUUGGUGAAGUGGAUGGCAUCUACUAUGGGGAUAAUCGCUUUGGUUCAGUUACCGAUUCUGGGACAGCAACAUUGAAGCCACGGCCGAGAGUCCGGCCUUUGCUGACUUUUUUACCCCUUAAUGCUCAAGAGGCACAUGGCGUGGCUGUACCAACACCAUCAGUACCAGAAGGCUUUGAAGAGAAAUCACUUCUGGGACCUGGUUCUCAAAUUAAUGGCAGUUACAGAAAGUACAAUUCAGUGCUUGACCUGAGACCCAAACCAUUUGAAAAUUACUUGGAUGAUGACUACAUUCCACCACCACCAUCAGUUCCUCCUCCACCACCACCUUCAGUUGAUCUCCCUGUAGCUCAACCUUCCAUACAAGUUGCAGCUCCACCUUCUUUGGAUGUACCACCUCCACCUUCUGUGGCAGCUCCACCCCCACCCCCACCAUCUAUGCCUCCUCCACCACCACCUUCAAUGCCAGCUCAGUCUCCUUCAUCUCUGGCUCCACCUUCAUACCCAUAUUCCAAUCUGUCUUCUCCCAGUACUCCGUCCCCACCAGACUUUAUUCCUCCUACUCCUCCUCUGGCUUUUAUUGAUGGUGCAGCCCCUCCACAUUCACCACCGCUUCACACUCCACCCUUCUCAAAUGGUGUGUCCAAAUGGAAAUCUGAGACUGUUUUAAAUAUCAGGGAGCUAGAUACCAUCCCCCACAAUCUGAACCUUAAUACACCUUCAACUCCUACCCAAAAGGAAUCACAGCUGUCACAAUCCAGCCCAGACCCUCAUCUCACUUUCCCUCGGUCAUUAAAAAUACCUCCUCCUACUCCUGUGAGAACAUCGUCUAUUCCCCCAGGAGAAAAAGAAACCAACUCCAAAGAUGAACUGCUCCCUAAAAUGGUUCCUCACAGCCGACCUGCCCUGCCACCAAAUUUUACUGUACGGCCUGCAGCUGCAGUUCAUACAGAGGGAGAGGCUAAGGCAAAAACUACUUUGGAAAAGCCCUCCAUAUUAAUCACAGAAUCUGGGAAUCCAAAGAUACCAUCAGAUUCUAAUGGCUCUUCUACUACUCCACAUGCAUCCUCUGAUGAUGAUCAUGAUGAUGAUGACUGGAAGGAGCGUACCAGUUUGGACAAACUGAAGCAUGAACUGUCUGCCCUGCUGUCCUCUUCAUGCAGAAAAGAGGACCGACAGCAAGACAGAACUGUUUCUUCCAAGCCUAAAACCAGCAUUACAGAUAGCAACCAGGUUGUUACAGAUGGAUUAAAACAAGCUAAGCCUGCCACAAGUGGCCCACAGUCACCACAAGCAAUAGAGAGUGAGAGGAGGGAAAAGACACCAGCUAAUACACCUUCUCCAAGAAAAGCUUUUAUCGGUGAUGCCAUUUCAACUUCAGACACUCAGUCUGCCUCCAUGCAAGCAAAUUGUGUUAUAACAUACAAAGAUGAGUUGGAAGCCUUGUUGUCUCCAACCAAGAAUGGAGGCCCACCCUUGGCUCUUACAAACCUGAGACAUAAUCCAGAAACAAAAAAACAAGUUACUCUUCAGUUUGGUGGUAGUCAGAUCAAUAGUGGAGAGACCAGGCUUCCAAUACAUCAGAAUAGCCCAGCAUCAGGAGUGGCAGAGAAAGACUCUAAGGCUCCUAGCACUUCUUCUGGUUACUCACCAACUGACAACACUCAAAAACCUCCAGUCUCCCCUCUGAAACCAAAGAAUGGACUCUCAGUUCCAGCUGCACCUUCAUCAGCCUCUUCUGGCGUCUCCUCACCCAUACGAACGGCAUCUCCCACUGUGGAUUUCUCCCUCCUGCAGUACAAAUUGCAUAGGACAAAGUUUGGGUCUGUUGACAGCCUGGCCUCUGCCACUUCUUCCCAAACUACAGAAGAUGGCCCAGCAAACCUAAGGGACUUUGCAGAGCCUAGGUCCCCAAUCACAUCUACUCUUUCUAGGAAUGCUGAUAAAACAGAUAGUGAGGUUUUGAUUCAUCCUGUUACAGGAGAGAAAGUAGAGAGAGGCUCCCCAAUGGCUCUUCUCUUGGCUGCACAGCAACGGGCCCAGAGAGGCAGACGUUCUGCUGUUGCUUCCCGGCAGAAUAGUUAUCUAUCUGAGAAGCCUCUGCUCAAGUUAUCAGAAAAGCUACACAAUAGCAGUCAAUCAGACUGCUCAUCCACCAUUUACUACAGUGAUGCCAAGCCCAACUCCAUCACAGUUGUACCCAAGUCCUUGCAAAAGGAAUCCCUGGAAGUCUCAGAAAAUAAGUCUCAGAAUAUCACUCCAUCAAAUGCAUACCGUUCUUCUAGUUUAGUUCAAAGUCUGCUGGAAUCCAGUAACUUGAAACAGGAAGACCCUCAUAGUGUGCCAGGAGGAACAACUGCAUACCCUCACACUACACCUCCAAAUCACACUCUGAGCAGUAAUGAGGAUGUGGAAGAAGAGUUUGAUUAUGAGAUCAUUCCCCCUCCACCAGAGUUCAGCAAUGAUGCCAGUGCAGCUCCAGAUGUAUCUUCAAAUGGGGAAGAAAAUCACAAAGACAGCAACAUCCCAAGUGACUUUCAGACCUCAGAUAAGAGACUUAACUGCAGUCACUCAAGCUAUGACUAUGGCAACAAUUAUUCACUAAAAUCCAAACCAACCUUGGAAAACAACAUGAGACCCAGUGGAUACAGCCACCAUUAUCCAGGUGGGAGCUACUCCUCUAGUUAUCUCAGUUCCUAUUCCAACAAUCGGCCUCUGAUUAAAAAGCGUCUUUAUGUGUCAGAGACAGACAGGUCAUAUGGCAGGGCAGCCAUGUCUACUCGCAGUAUGAGCACACCCGCUACCUAUGGCCACAAUACAUUGGCAUACAAUUCACAGGCUGUUGAAGGGAUGCACCGGGUCAAUUCUACUCACAGAAACGUAACCACCAGCAAGCAAGGAAGAAGGGUGUCACUGGAAUUACCUGGGAAAAUAUUGACUUAUAAUAAUGCCUCCAGUGAUGCCAGGUAUAAAAGCCAAAGUGGAGAGUAUACAACCAAUGCAGCGGGUGCCAGAAGGCCUUCCCAUGGAAGUCUGCAGUAUGAUACAACUGCAAAUACAUUCACUGUCAGACCUGGGACAAGACAACCCAUUUCUUAUUCAUACCAAGGAGGUCUUCGUUGAGACAUGCAUGUCAAGAAGAACUUGCCACACAACUCUGGCCAAAUCUGAUGCUACACAUCAUAACUUCAUCCUCUCCACUUUGUUAUGGGCUUCCUUUCACAGUUCUUUAGGGCCUGGAAGUAGUCCUGUUUCCUUCUUGUAAACAGACUGGUUGUAAGUUAUUGUCAACAAGGGCAAGAAUCAGUCUAGAAAACAUAUCCUACUGCUUAGGGCUUCUGUGCAGUACAGUAACAGAGUAAACGUUGUGUGAUACAGCAACAUUUCUUAACUUAAAGCAUAUGUGUAAUUCUAUAGACUUCCUUUUGUCUAGGGUGAGCUUGGCCAGUAGGUAACAACCUAGAGCCUCUACCUAUGGGGAAAACUCUACCUUUUACAACACCUUCAAGAACAUGCAACCAAACAGUAAACAGUACUGAAGAAAGGUUUAACAUUCUUGUCCUACAGAGGGACAAAAAACAGCUAAGGAGUCACAGAAAAAGGUAAGCAAAGGCCCCAGGUUUUCAAGAAAGGCUGUUAAAUAGCAAUUAACCCCAGCCAACUGAGGCCUAGAGCUGAAAGAAGUGGAUUGUGCUGAGAAGAAAAUAGUAUAGUUGUGGGAGAGGGGAAGAGAGGUUCACAGGGGAGAAAGCACAAGUGAGGCAAAAUGCAUAAGAGGGACUAGGGCAACCUUCUCCCACCUGAAAUCCUCCAGGUGUGUCAUCUCUAGCCACUAUUGCAAUGGCUAUGUUGGCUGGUGAUGAUGAGCUGCUUUCUAACACACCUUUAGGACAUCAGGCUGGGGGACAUUGGACUAGAUAAGAGAUGAGAAUGAAACUUCCCAGCCAUGUUAAAUAGUCAUACAACAAUCAGUUUGCUUGGCUUAUUGCUGUUACAAUAACCUGUAACACUCGAUUGUGUAAUUUGAUAUGAGCAAGAGAUUUUGAGUAAGAAACUGCACAGAGAAAUACAUUUAAAGGUUCCAUAUGUUUGUUAAGUUGCAACUUGUACAUUCCAUUUAAAAUAGGGGAAAGGGACCUUUUUUUGUACUGGAUGCCAAAUUUCAAUUUAGAAAGGGUCUCCUGGACUGCAUUUCAGUUGUGGGCAAAUCUACAGUAUAGAAAAGGGUCAAAGCAAUCAAUUUGGAUGAUUUCCAACCAAGAUACAGCCAAAUUCUAUACAUGUCUAAUGCUCUUCCUACUAUUUAUUGGACAGGAUGAAAAGCUCAGUGGCCAUACUAUCCCCGAACGUUUAAAAAUUUGGGAUAAAUCUUCUGGUUCCAAUCUGACCCUUGGAUAAAAUGCUAGUACUGUACCUUUCCAAGCAGCUAGCUAACACAUUGGUUUGGGGAUUUUGAUUUUUUUGCAUGGUGGUGAGGGCACUUUUACAGAAUAGGUGCUGGCACCUAUACACAUUAUGUUGAAGAUAUAUUUCAGUUUGCAAUUAAAACAGAGGAAAUGCAGGUUGAAAGCUCAUCUUUGAAAACCACACUCUAAUACUAGCUAGCCAGGUUUCUCCGGGUGUAAAUAUUACUCAGUAAGAUUCACUUUAAAUAGGUGAAUGAGUGUAUGAUUACAGCAGUGUUUCCAAAAAUUUAACCCUCCAGGUAUUUUGGACUUCAGCUCCCAGAAAUCCUAGCCAGUUUAGCCAACAAUCAGGAGUGCGGGGGGUGAAGUCCAAAAUAUCUGGAGGAUGAAAAUUUGGGAACCACUGGAUCAAAGCAUCUUAAUGCAACUUGUUUUGUAUUCUCAAAUGGGACUUAUCCAUUACAUAAUUGCUGGUUAUUUAUGUUGGUCUAUUUGUCUCUUACAAUUUUUUUUGACAUCAAUAAUAAUUCUAAACCUCUUAUUCAUAAGCUAAUUCCACAGUCUAUGCAUGCAGCACUGGCUUUUAGGAUUGCACUUGCAAACUAUUUUCCUGCAGGAAUAACAUAUUUUCAUAUUUUCUCUCUAAUGUUGCUGUAAUUUAGCAAGUACAAAUAUAAAAUCUUGCUGAUUUGGCCUGGCAGCAGAUUUUUUCAUAUAAAGGCAUCUCUCAAUAUUAUGCCAUUUCAGUUCAAAUCAGAUCUAUUUAUUUAGGUGGUCAGAUCUCAAUCUGUUAGGGUUGCUUGCUUCCUCAAAAAAAGCUCCUGUGUAAAAGAAAGUUAUGGUAGCUGCUUCUCCUUUCAAGAUGAGGAGAGAGCCCUCUAUUCUGCUGUAUUUAGUCAUCUGACUUUAAAUUGCAUUGCAUUGUUCCCUAUGCUUAAUUUGUACAUAAAUGCCUAGGCUGUGAUACUAAUAUAAGUUAACUAAAGAUGUUCACAGAAAGAAACUAUUCCAUCUUCUCCUCACCCCGUAGUCUCCUGCAUCCCCAGGACAAGGAAGUUGUCCUAAACAAUGUGGAAUGGGCUCCCAGAGGAGCAAGUGGUCCUAUGGACUCUAAAUUUUCUUUCCAUGUUUGCUUAUAACCAAUGACAACUGUUGGCUUCUAGGGUGGGUGGUGGAGGUAGUACUGAAUCCACUCUAGAUUUUUGUGCAAAUAUUAGGGAAGCUAUCCAAGACACUGAAGUUGUCUUGAGGACUGAUACCCCACUGGCAUGGAAGCCCACAUCGGCUUCUGCUUAUUAUUAAACUCAUCCAUCAAGUUGUUCUGAUCAGAAACUGCAGAGACAUGAUUCUACUAUUCACAUAAAUGUGUUCCAGAUAUAGUAAAACACACAUACAGUAUAUGUGUAGGGCAAAUGCGAAGUGAAAUAAUCUCAGUGCCUAAGGGGCUAUACAGACAGGUGACUAAAAGCUGCCCUGGUUGGUUCCGUGGCAGCCACACAAUGUGGAACUGACACGCUCCCUAAAAAAGAAGCUGCUCUAGGCAGUUUCUUUUUAGGGUUGUCAUUAUGGAGCUCGCACGCCAUGAUGAUGUCCUUUCGUGAAAGCGUUGUUUGGGCACUCUGACACAUGUGCGUCAUCAUGACGCACCCCAUAUAAACAGGGGCACACCAUGAUGGCGCACGGGUGCCGAUAGUAGGGCUGGGCACAUGUGGAUGCCCAGCCCUAUCUAUUCCUAAUUUUGGGCCCAGGCCGACACAAAGCGUCCAUCUGUACCAGUCCUUAGACUUACAAAUGAAGGGGUGUCUCUCUCACCCUGGGGGUGCUGCUGUGAUUUCCAGUGUGUUUUCUCAGGCUGCAUCUGUACUGCACAUAUCAUCUAGUCUGAUAAUUUAACAGCCAGGGCUCUCUGCCAGAGAAGGCUAAACAUCUUCUAUUCCCAGAAUUUCAUAGCAUUAAACCAUGGCAGUUAAAGUGGUUUCAAACUGGAUAAUUUUUGCAGUGCAGAUGCAUCUAUUCUCUGCUUGUAUUAGUGACCCUCUUUCAACUGCAGUUUCCAAACAAACAAUGUUCUUGAUUAACAGAAGCUGAAAUGAGAUAUGGAAGUAGCUUGGGAUAAGCAAGGGAGCUUGUACUCUCAGUAUAUAUCACAGAUUGUUAAACUUAAUUCAGGUUGCCAAUAUUUGUAAAUGUUCAGAGACAAACACAUGUAAUAUUUACAUUAUAAGGAGAUAAAAACUGUAAAAUAAAUGUAAAACAUGAGAAAAUGCAAUGUACUAUGGAGACA